GAAUUUAAAGAGGCUUUCAGUUUAUUUGACACAGAUGGAAGUGGAACAAUUACAUCUAAAGAAUUGGGAACAGCUAUGAGAUCACUAGGUAUGAACCCAACAGAAGCAGAUCUAGCUGAAAUGAUAAAUGAAAUUGAUGCUGAUGGGAAUGGCCAGGUUGACUUCCCAGAAUUCCUUACGCUUAUGGCAAAGAAAAUGAAAGAUGGUGACGCUGAGGAGGAGAUAAAAGAGGCUUUCCGAUUAUUUGACAAAGAAGGUAAUGGCUUUAUCAGCGGAGCAGAGCUACGUCACAUCAUGACAGCAAUUGGUGAAAAAUUAACAGAUCUUGAAGUUGAUGAUAUGUUACACGAGGCAGAUCUCGAUGGAGACGGAAUGAUAAACUAUCAAGAGUUCAAAGAAGCCUUUAACUUGUUUGACAAGGAUGGCGAUGGAACGAUAUCAUGUACUGAGUUAGGAACUGUGAUGAGAUCCCUGGGGUGUAACCCUACAGAGGGAGAACUUAAAGAUAUGAUCAAAGAAGUCGAUGCUGAUGGUAAUGGUUGUAUUGAUUUCCCUGAAUUUUUGGAAAUGAUGGCUAAACGUUUACAAGACGUAGAUGAAGAAGCGGAAUUGCGGGAGGCUUUUAAAGUUUUUGACAAGGAUGGUAGUGGAAGCAUUAGUAAAGCAGAAUUAAAACUUGUAAUGGAAAAUCUGGGAGAAAAGUUAACUGGGGAAGAAAUUGACGAAAUGAUGGCGGAAGCAGAUAAAGAUGGCAAUGGAGAGAUCGAUUAUGAAGAAUUUAAGGAAGCAUUCAGUCUGUUUGAUAAAGAUGGCGACGGUACCAUAUCAGCAGUUGAACUUGGUGUUAUUAUGAGGUCAUUAGGCCAAAAUCUAAGUGACCAAGAACUAAAAAACAUAAUCAGUGAAGUUGAUGUUGACGGAAAUGGAAUAAUAGAUUUCCAAGAAUUUCUUACUAUGAUGGCUAAGAAAACAAAGGACACCGAUUCAGAGGAAGAAAUUCGGGAAGCUUUUAAAGUCUUUGAUAAUGACGGUAAUGGAACCAUUUCAUCAAACGAUCUGAGACAGAUUAUGACGACGUUUGGUGACAAACUACCAGACGAUGAAAUAGCAGAAUUUAAAGAGGCUUUUAGUCUGUUUGACAAGGAUGGUGACGGAACUAUUUCGUCGGCAGAACUCGGUGUCGUAAUGAGAUCAUUGGGUCAAAAUCCGAGUGAGCAGGAACUAACAGAUCUAGUCAAUGAGGUAGAUAUUGAUGGCAACGGAAUUAUAGAUUUUCAAGAGUUUUUGACGAUGAUGGCCAAGAAAAUGAAGGAUACCGACACAGAAGAAGAGAUUCGGGAAGCUUUCAGAGUUUUUGAUAAAGAUGGAAGUGGUUCAAUAUCAGCAAAUGACCUUCGACAUAUUAUGACUAACCUUGGCGACAAACUUCCGGAUGAGGAAGUGGAUGAGAUGAUACAAGAAGCUGACUUGGACGGUGAUGGUCAAAUUGAUUACAUUGAGUUCGUGAAGAUGAUGUGUGGAAAAUAGCGAUCCCAGGAGAGUUCAAAAUAUCUAAGAUAUUAUUUUGAUACUAUGCACAGACAAUACAUGUGAAAAAAUACCACCAUUCAUUUUAAUUAAUUUAUUACUUAUGUUGUAUAAAGAUGUGUUAUUGUUAGAAAUAAACUGAUCAUAUAAGUG